UGAUGAUUCGUAGCUGUCGUGUUUUGGUCUCUUAGCGGAGUCUGAAGAUGACAGCGAGAAAGUCUGGGUCACGACUCGAGACAGAGAUAGAACGAUGCCGUUCGGAAGGGCAAUGGGACAAGAUACCAGAGCUUGUACGGCAGCUGUCUGCCAAACUAAUAUCAAACGAUGACCUGGGGGAGCUGCUUCUGGGGGAGGCCAAGCUCCAGCAGUACAUCAAGGAGAACCCCAUCAAGCAGGGGGCCAGCCCGAGGGGCCCAAGACCCAGGCUGGUGGAGGUCCACAAGCACCUGACCGCUGCCCUGGACCGAGGGAACCUCAAGCCGGAAUACAUGCAAGAGGCCAGUAUGUUAAUGGCCAAGCUGUCCUAUGUGGAGGGAGACUACAGUGAAGCCAUCAACCAGUAUGGCAAAGUGACCCUGGACGAGCUGGCGCUGGUGGGAGCCCCUGUCUACCGUCUCUCCAUGAUCGCCGAGGCAUAUGCGACCAAAGGUCUGUGUCUAGAGAAAGUCCCGGCUGCGUCUCCGUCCCUGUCCAAUCGUAACAUGGACAAAGACCAAGAAGUGAUUACCUGCUAUGAGAAGUCUGGAGACAUCGCCCUGCUCUACCUACAGGAAGUAGAGAAGGCCCUCAGUUCGGGGUUGCAGAACCGCAGUCCAAAGCCAGGCCCAGUGGCCCAAGAGCAGGAGCUGGGAUACUUCCUGGAGACUGGACUUCAGAGGGCACAUGUCAUCCACUUCAAAAACGGUAAUCUGACCCGGGGAGUGGGCCGCUUCCGGGAGAUCCUCCGAGCUGUAGAGACCAGGACCACACAGAACCUACGAAUGACCAUAGCGCGACAGCUAGCAGAGAUCCUGCUGAGGGGGAUGUGUGAGCAGAGCUACUGGAGUCCUCUGGAGGACCCUCCCAGCCAGUCCCCCCUGGACGACCCUCUACUACGCCAGGGAGCCCCCUACACCAAGGACUACGCCCUCAGCCGCAGGCCACGUGUCUACUCCGGAGAGAAUCUGUUUUGUCCACAGGAAAACACAGAAGAGGCUCUGCUCCUGUUGCUGAUCAGUGAAUCUAUGGCCAACAGAGAUGCGGUGCUGAGCAGGAUUCCGGAGCACAACAGUGACCGUAUCAUCAGUCUGCAGAGUGCCUCUGUGGUCUACGACUUGCUGACCAUCGCCCUGGGCCGACGGGGACAGUACGAGAUGCUCUCUGAGUGUCUAGAGAGGGCCAUGAAGUUUGCCUUUGAGGAGUUCCAUCUCUGGUACCAGUUGGCCCUUUCACUGAUGGCUGCAGGGAAGUCGGCCCGGGCGGUAAAGGUACUGAAGGAGUGUAUCCGUCUGAAGCCGGACGACCCAACCAUUCCCCUGCUAGCCGUCAAGCUGUGCAUCGGAGCACUCCAUUGGCUGGAGGAAGGAGAGUGUUUUGCUAAGAUGGUGGUGGACAUGGGAGAGAAGGCUUCAGAGUUCCGAGCUAAAGGUUACCUAGCCAUCGGCCUGGUGUACAGCCUCAAGGCUACAGACGCGUCCCUACGGGGGAUGCAGGAGGAGUAUCAGAGGAAGGCCCUGGGUGCAUUCCAGAGGGCCCAGAGCUUGUCCCCCACAGACCACCUGGCUGCCUUCUACCUGGCCCUGCAGCUGGCUGUGUCACGGCAGAUCCCGGAGGCGCUGGGGUACGUGCGUCAGGCUCUGCAGCUGCAGGGAGACGACGUGCACUCUCUCCACCUGCUGGCUCUGCUGCUGUCGGCCCAGAAACACUACCACGACGCUCUCAACAUCAUCGAGAUGGCCCUCAGCGAGUACCCCGAGAGCUUCAUCCUGUUGUUCACCAAGGUGAAACUGGAGACGUUGUGUCGAGGACCUGAGGAGGCUCUGCUCACCUGCAAACACAUGCUGCAGAUCUGGAAGUCCUGUUACAACCUCACCAACCCCAGUGAUUCAGGUCGAGGCAGCAGCCUGUUGGACAGAGCCAUAGCAGACCGAAGGACGCUCAAUGCCAUGACGCUGCCUGACUUCAGUGAUCCAGAGACGGGCUCGGUCCACGCCACAUCCAUGGCGGCGUCACGGGUGGAACAGGCCCUGUCAGAGGUGGCCUCCUCCAUGCAGAGCAGUGCCCCCAAACAUGGACCCCUACACCCCUGGAUGACUCUGGCCCAGAUCUGGCUCCACGCAGCGGAGGUGUACAUUGGCAUGGGCAAGCCUGCGGAGGCGACGGCCUGCACCCAGGAGGCUGCCAACCUGUUCCCCAUGUCCCACAACGUGCUGUUUAUGCGGGGCCAGGUGGCUGAGCUGCGGGGCAACGUGGACGAGGCCAAACGAUGGUACGAGGAGGCCCUCUCCAUCAGCCCCACCCACGUCAAGACCAUGCAAAGACUGGGUCUGAUCCUGCACCAGCUGCAGCGGUACAGCCUGGCAGAGAAGAUCCUUCGGGACGCGGUGCAGGUGAACUCGACGGCCCACGACGUGUGGAACAGCCUGGGGGAGGUGCUGCAGGCUCAGGGCAACGCUGCCGCCGCUACAGAGUGUUUCCUUACCGCCCUGGAGCUAGAGGCCUCCAGCCCCAUAUUGCCCUUCACCAUCAUACCACGACAACUCUGACCUGGGAGAGACGCACACACACACACACACACGCACACACAUAUUAUAUAUAUAUAUAUAUAUAUAUAUAUAUAUAUACACACACAUACACACACACACACACACACACAAGCUGCUUUAUCCCCUCCAGUGUGAAGGUGCCAAAAACCUUCCUCCUACCUACCACCUCCUGCUUUCAGGCCUCUUUGCUGUCAGAACCACCACCAACAUCCACCCUGUGAUGCCUCAGGCCCACCUCUUUCAUCCCAAUGAGAUUGGACAACUACCUCUCUCCUCUUGAGGCCAUUCAUAGGCCUAGCUAAAUGAGCUGGAGGGAGGUAGUGACCAUGGACAAAAAAAAACGAACACUGACAGAACAGAAUUCUCUAUCUGGUCCAAUAAUGUACAUCAAUGUGACUGUUGUUGCCAUGCCAACACCGAUGUGCUGUCCCCGCCCCCUAGUCUAUGCUGUGACCAAUGUAUCGUAUCCCACAAUCCCUUGCUGUGCCUGACUAUGACUCCUGCACUCCAGCCUUUAUCUAAUCUACACUGAACAAAAAUAUAAACGCAACAUGCAAAGUGUUGGUCCCAGGUAUCAUGAUCUGAAAUGAAGAUACCAGAAAUGCUUAUUUCUCUCAAAUUUGGUGAACAAAUUUGUUUACAUCCCCUGUUAGUGAGCAUUUUUCCUUUGCCAAGA